UUCAUGGACGUUCGAAAUCACAUCCGGUUCAAGAAUAGUUGUGACGAGCGAUUUCCGGUCAAAACAAAAAUGGCUGAAGCAACAUCUAGAUGUCACUGUAGCGUCCCCCAUUGCUCAAAUAAUAAGCAGCGACAGCCCUAUUUAAGUUUUCACGCAUUCCCCAGCUUUGAAUAUGACAGAAAAAAGUGGGUGCAUGCUAUUCGACGCGAUCAAUCAACGACUUUUACUAUCCUGAGAGGUAGUACGUUUGUUUGUAGCCGGCACUUCACUGACGCCGAUUACACUUCCGCUACUGGUCGAAAACGUCUAAAAAAGGGAGCAGUUCCGUCCCGAUUUCUUUGGAACAACUGGGGACAAACAGCACGACAGUCUGUGUAUGAAAGAGUAAGGGCUCGACACGGACUUUGUGCUUGUCCCAUCCUUUCCUCUGACGAUGCUCAAGAAGACGACGGCGACAUGGUUCCUGAGGUAACAGCUGGUGCAUCAGACCACGACUAUGCAGUCGCUCCUCCUCCAGGUGCACAGGAUGCAGCAGCUGCACGUAUAAAUGAACUGGAAGCUGAAGUCAGGAGACUGGAAACUGAGGUCAUGCAGCUGAGAAUAGAGCACUCUCUGUCCCAGUUCCAGAGAUUUUGUGCUUCAGAUGAAGACAUACGUUUCUACACCAGGUUUCCAUCUGAAGAGGUCUUCCAGGCAUUCUGGAAAGCGAUUGAGCCCUCUGCUUCCAUGUUGGUGUUCUGGUCUAAGGCCCAGAAGAAGGGACAGACAGCUAGAAUAGAAGCCUCUGAAAGUCAUCACCGCAGUUUGCCGCUGAUUGAUGAGUUUUUCUUAUACUGCUGUCGUGUUGCAGCAGGACUUAAAGAGAAAAUGUUAGCUGACAUUUUCAAAGUUAGUCUCUCCACUGUUAGCCGCAUCAUUAUAACAUGGGCUAAUUAUCUUUACCUUAUCCUUGGAUCUCUACCAAUAUGGAUGAGCAGACAGGAAGUGAAUUCCACAAUGCCUGAGAAGUUUAGGCAGUUUUGUCCAGAGGUGAGGGUCAUCAUUGACUGCACAGAGAUACGGUGCCAGAAUCCAUCUGCACUCACACUCCAGUCAGAGGUCUUUUCUUCCUACAAAAAUACCACCACCUUUAAGGGGUUGAUUGGUAUUGCACCAUGUGGAGCAGUUACAUUUGUAUCAAGCUUGUUCACAGGUUCCAUCUCUGAUCAAGAGCUGACAAAACAGUCUGGGAUUCUUGACUUGUUGGAGCAAGGGGAUGCUUGCAUGGCUGACAAAGGAUUUACCAUCACGAGCAUGCUGGCAGAGCGAGGGGCCAAACUCAUCAUACCACCUUUUAAAAUGGCAGCUCAGUUCAGCAGAGAAGAUGCAGAGAGAACACAAGCCAUAGCACGCCUUCGAAUUCUAGUUGAGAGAGCAAUCAGAAGAGUGAAAGAGUAUCACAUCUGGGACACCGCUGUACCUUUGACCAUGUCUGGAACAGUUAACCAGUUGUGGACUAACUGCUGCCUGAUGAGUAAUUUUCAGUGGCCACUUGAUGUUAAAGGUCACAAAUCAGCAAGUGCAUCAUAGCCAGUUCAUUUUAAAGGGUGGCUUAAAUGUAAUAUAAUGCAUUAUAUCUUUA